AAUUGCAAUCAAAUCAAAUUCACUAGCUCCAACAAAAUACGAUAACUCCAGUAAGGUUCAGAUUUCUUCAGAAUACUUGUUCCUCUCUCUCUAUCUCUCUGGUUGUAUUUCCAGAGAAUAGAUAGAGAGAAGAAGGCAACAAAAGAAAAAUGGAGAAAUCUCGACCACACCCGGAUAAAUUUUCUAGUGAUUUGAUGAUGGGUGGAUUUGCAGCAGCAAUAUCAAAGAGUGCUGCUGCACCUAUGGAGAGAGUGAAACUAUUGUUACAGAAUCAAGGGGAAAUGUUGAAAACAGGAAAUCUUAAAACACCUUAUAAUGGUAUUCAAGAUUGUUUUAAAAGGGUUUUGAGAGAAGAAGGUUUUUUGUCAUUCUGGAGAGGUAAUCAAGCUAAUGUCAUUCGGUAUUUCCCUACCCAGGCAUUCAACUUCGCGUUCAAAGGCUAUUUCAAAAACCUCCUUGGGCGCUCGAAAGAGAAAGAUGGCUACUUGAAGUGGUUUGCAGGAAAUGUUGCUGCAGGUAGUGCUGCAGGAGCAACUACUUCUUUGUUUCUCUAUCAUUUAGAUUAUGCUCGCACCAGACUAGGCACUGAUGCAAAGGAAUGCCCUGUAAAUGGUCAGAGACAGUUUAAAGGGAUGGUAGAUGUUUAUAGGAAAACUGUGUCAAGUGAUGGCAUAAUAGGUCUUUAUCGGGGCUUUGGGGCAUCAAUCAUGGGAAUUUCUCUGUAUCGGGGUAUGUACUUUGGGAUCUAUGACACCAUGAAACCCGUCAUUCUGGUUGGGUCUUUCGAGGGGAACUUCUUUGCCUCUUUUCUGUUGGGUUGGAGUGUUACAACAGUUUCAGGGGUUUGUGCAUACCCUUUUGACACUGUUCGUCGAAGAAUGAUGCUAACCUCAGGACAACCUUCCAAGUAUCAUAACUCUCUGCAUUGCUUCCGUCAGAUCAUUCACCAUGAGGGUAUUUUUGCACUAUUUAGAGGAGUUUCCGCAAACAUGCUUCUAGGUAUGGCAGGGGCAGGAGUUCUGGCAGGUUAUGAUCAGCUACAUCGUUUAACUUACAUGCACGGGUAUGGUCAAAGAACCUUAAAUUGAUGAACAAUCUCUCAAUUUUUUUUUUUUGUGAAUCUCACUCUGAACAAAAGUGAACAUUAAAAGAAAGAAAUCGAAAACAACGUUAUCAGUGACAGCUUAUGAGGAUUACGAGGCUUUCUUCCUAAAUGCACAUAGAGGGAAAGGGGAAAAGCUUCCAUUUUGCUAAAAUCUGUACAGUGGGAAAAAAGAAGAGUUGCAUGAAUUCUUAGCCAAUAAAAUGUUUAUAUGUAAUGUUGGAAGUAGGCAAAGCAUACAAUGUUAUGUGUGACAUUUGAAGGCACCAUAAGGCGGCGGGGGAGGCAAGAAAAAGGUAUCAGUACGCAACAAACAGCCAACACAACCAGCAUUAGGAGGGAUCUCUUUUGAUGUGUGGGCGCCUGAGGAGCAGAAUUUGCUACGCUUGCCGAGGUUUCAGUUGGUGAGUUCAGCAAGCUGCAACAGUGGGGAAGUUUUGGAGUAUAGGAUUUUGUCCUGGGUCUAAAAUAUAAGUAUGCUGUGGGCCAAAACUCACUUUGCGUAUUUUUUUUGGCUGGGCUUUUUAAGUUUUAGAUAAAAGAUGAUUGCAUCUGUAAACAUUCUCUCUCUGUGAAAGAAAACUCAACUCAUGUAAGUUCUUUAUCAAUGUUCUGAAAUUUCAGUUUCACUUUUAUAUUUCA